AUGGCGGAACUCUCACAAGGUGAAAUUGCUAUCAUCAUGAAAUAUUCCUUAAGCGAAUCGCUGGAUCGUGUGCGUGACCUGAUCCAAGCAGCAGAACAGCCUCUCUUAACAUCAUAUGAUGGCACUGACGAUGGCCCUGAUCAUACCCGUCAAAUGGCAGUAUCAAAACUUAUAAUUGCUUUGAUGGAUGAAAAGGCGGCUUUUAAUCUUCGGCCCCCGAUAAGCAGCAGAGAUGUUGCGUCCGAACUGUCCAGGUUAUUCACCCAGCUUCGGGAUGGAGACUUUUGCUAUGAGCACUACCGCCCAGUAAUACAACUUAUUCUUCAGAAGGCAUCAGACAUUGAUAUCUGGAAAGCUAUCCUUACUCUUAUUGCCGCCGUCUCCAGAACAACCCCUCCUCCCAGCGUUCCACCGACAUUCAAUGGCACGCCAUUCAGAUCCACAUCUUCAUCACAGAGAGGCUCGGAGCAGACGCGAGAGCUGGUGGAAGGAAGGCUCUUUCAAGAGAUUAAGCACUGUACUCACCGGGAUGUUGCGGGUUUCUUUGAAACAUACUUCGAAGGGAAAGAUUGGAACACACAGGCAGAUGAUGUAACUCGUCGCGCGCUUGGCUCUGGAGAUGACAGUGGAUGGCCCAGCUUCCCCAACCCGCCAACACAGAAAGACGCCCUCGACUGGUGGUUUGGAUUCCAAGAUGAGUUCCUGUUGGAUGAACAAAGUGUCUACGUCACCACGGCAAGUAAAAGCAAUCUCACCGAUAUCCGGGUGGUCGGCAAGCUGAAAAAGCCUGAAGGAAAGAUCAGGAGCAAAAGUGCACUGCUGCAAAUGACGCAGUAUGUGCGGGAGGUCUUCAAAGCCCAGCCAACACAUCAAUUCAUCCACACGUUUGCUGUCUGUGGAACAAAGGCAGAAGCGUGGAUGUUUGAUCGCUCGGGUCCUUUCAGCUCAGGCUCAUUUGAUGUCAAUGAAGACCCAAAACGCUUUUUCCAGAUGAUCGUGGGCUACACAAUGAUGACCGAUGAGGAGCUGGGACUGGAUACCUUCAUAACGCAGGAUGGUAGCGGUGCCAAGACAAUCACUAUCAAGAGCAUGGGGGGUGGAGAGACAGUUGUGCAGCUGAACCCAAAGCCACUUAGCUAUCAAAAUGCCAUUGUGUGUCGGGGAACGGCCUGCUUUCUCGCGAAUGUUGAUGACAAGGUGCAAGGCGUGGCCAAGUUCUCGUGGACAUCAGACAAGCGGGCAAGCGAAAAGGAUCUUCUCAACCUGGCUCAUGAAAGGGGUGUAAAGGGAGUCGCAGAGGUUGUCGGAUACUGUGACAUCACAGAUAUUGCCACACUUCGAAACAGGUUGACCUUCGAGAAGCGCCACACCUUUAAAAGCACACUCUCUAGCGCCAAAUCCUCCUUGCACGAGUCUCACUCCAACGACCCUCGGUCGCGAUCCUUCACUCGGCUUCAUCCAAGCACUAGCGCUAAGCAGAUCGGCCGAAAACGCAAAUCUCCUGAUAAAGGCACACAGGCGUCUAAACGGUCGCGCUCCAGCAGUCAACUAUCUGGCAUUGGUCAGCAGGAGAAUGAAUUAACUUUUGAGGUCCAGCCAGUUGGGAAACCGAGCCUAUUUGAUAACGAUGGCAAAGAGUUUUAUGAUAACCGGAUACUUCGCUGCCUGGUCAUCUCGCCGGCUGGCCGGCCGAUCUAUGAAUACCAUUCGCCUACUGAGCUUUUGAAGUCCCUCCGCGACGCGAUCAAGGCACAUCGGUCCCUUUAUACAGAGGGAAAUAUCCUACACCGAGACAUUUCUGAGAACAAUAUUAUCAUCACGCGAAAGGGUGGAGGAAGGGCAAAGAAAGCAAGCAGGCUAAGGAAGGCGCGAGAACCGCUGUAGACAAUGUAUUUAUUAAAGCUAAUAUGAUCUUGCUUGUUUCACAUCCACAAACACAA